AUAUUUGAUAAAUCUCUUCCGUGUACUCUAAACGUAAUUUGAUAACUACACGUUAUCCUACAGAAUGGUGGACGAGUAGGCAGGAAGAUAUGUAUGAACGUAUGGUAUUCGUCCUUGCAUCUCUCCGUCGCUGCACGACGGCCUUGGUUUUAAUCUCAAGCAGCAGAUACAUCCCACUCGCCAAAUAUGUCUUCCUCUCUCCGCCCAUCCAUCUCUGUCUCUCUAUUUUUAAUAUGUUUGCCCUUGUAACUGAAAUUCUCGUACGAUACAGGAUACCUAUAGUCUUCGGAUUCACCGAUUCCUUUAAAGAGAGUCGGGGCCGUACUCUUUUUCCAGGUUACGGCAAAACCCACAAAGACGCUGCCAGCGUUCGCACAACGCACUCGAUACCGGCUGCCUGCGGCCUGUACUACUUCGAGGUGAAGAUCGUGAGCAAGGGACGCGACGGUUACAUGGGCAUCGGCCUCUCGGCCUCAGGCGUCAACGUAAAUAGACUUCCCGGUUGGGACAAGCAUUCAUACGGUUACCACGGCGACGACGGCCACAGUUUCUGCUCAAGUGGCACCGGGCAACCUUACGGACCGACCUUCACCACCGGCGACGUGAUCGGCUGCGGUGUAAAUCUCGUUGACAACACCGCCUUCUACACGAAGAAUGGCCAUCACUUGGGCAUCGCCUUCACGGACCUUCCUCCCAAUCUCUUUCCGACGGUCGGUCUGCAGACUCCAGGCGAGGUGGUGGACGCAAACUUCGGACAGUUGCCGUUUGUCUUCGACAUCGGGGACAUGAUCAACGAACUGCGCGUACGAACGAGAUUACAGAUCAUAAACUAUCCCACGCCAGACCACGGCCAGGGGCAGUGGCAGGCGAUUCUUCACAGAAUGGUGUGUACGUAUCUCGUCCAUCAUGGGUAUCUCGACAGCGCCGAGGCAUUCGCCAGCAGCACGGGUCAGGUGUUCGAGGAGGAUUACAACUCGAUCAAAAAUCGACAGAGGGUUAUAAAGUUGAUAUUGUCUGGUCGUAUCGGUGAAGCGAUAGACACGACAAAUCGGUUAUACCCUGGUCUUCUCGACCGGGAUCCGGACCUGCUGUUCGCGCUCAAGUGUCGCCAAUUCGUGGAAAUGGUGAACGGCAGCGACUCGGAGGUCUGUCAGAACGGCAACCCCAAUCAGACCAGUGUGAUACAAUCGACCAAAGCGUACGUGAAGUCCGCAAACCCGGCCGGUACCGUGGAAGAGAUGAAUAUCAAUAAUACGAUAAACGGCACCAGCCCACAGUUCGUCAACGGUCAGAUAGAAGAUGACGUAGAAAUGGAGGAAAGCAGCGUCACCGGCGUGAACGGUAUCAAGAACAGUAACGGGUAUCAGAAUGGUAAUCUGGACUCGAAUGGGUACAAGUGUCAAAAUGGGGAAGAUGUAGAUAUGGAAAUCGACAACAGUGCCAAUCAGAGUCAGCAGCAGAGCAGUAACAUCGCCGAUGUGACUGUGACAUGUAACAAAAGCAACAAGAAGCAAUUGUGCGGUGGUAACAAGCAGGCGAUCGAGAAAAUGUUGGAAUUCGGCAAACAGUUGUACUCGCAGUCGGUGCAUCUGAGACAGCAGUACGGAAAGAACGAGAGCAAUAAGAAGAUGCUGCAGGACGCUUUCAGUUUGUUAGCGUACUCCAAUCCGUGGAAUUCGCCAGUUGGCUGGCAACUGAAUCCUCAAGAAAGAGAAACGGUCUGCGCCAGACUGAAUUCUGCUAUUCUUGAGUCUAGUAACUUAUCCCGUCGGCCGCCGUUGGAAGUCGCAGCAUCCCAUGCUAGGGAGCUCGUUCGCUUGAUGUCGGCUAAUGGCCUAGGGGCCUGCGGAUUUGCAGUAGUAGAUAAUAUUAUCCAAUAUUGACGGUGCCUACCUCUGCUGCCACGUCCGCCUCUUCUACCAGUGCGAGUAUGGUGAGUAAUAUUCGUUUGCAUUCGCGCGAACAAGAUCGCGAAAUCACCCGGAUUGAUUUAUCGAAAAAUCGUACGCUCGCAUAUCUAUCUCUACCGAGAAUGAGGCAUGUACGAAUGAUUGACGAUAAGAGCCGGUCGAUCUAAAGAAGAGGAGAAGUAACGCGAGUUUUAUAAUUCCCGUAUUAAUGAGAUUUAGUUUGAUCAAAGAACAAUAUGUCGU